AUGAUGGCGUCUUUCUCGGCGCUGUGCGCUCUUGUCAUACUCCUCGCCGCGGCCGGCUCCGUCUCCAUCGCAUCCGCCUCCGUCGCCGACGCAGGUAGCUUGUCUCUCAAUUCUUCGCUGCUCGCAUCGGCGGCUCCUCCGCCAAGCUCCGUCCUUCCCCGCAAGGUGCUCCGCCCUGCAGGUAAUUCGCAUCGAUAUUCCAUGCAAAGAAAAAGCAUCCCUCUUCUUCGCGCGAGUUUCAAUUAUGCCUCGCUCAGCACUGUCUCUUUUCUGCAUGCAGGCGUGGGCGCCAACGUGCCGCACCGCGUGAGCCUAGGCUGCGCCGGCGCGGACGACAUCGCCAUCGAGCAGGGCCCGGGGACGACGCUGCCCAGCGGGAUCCCGUCCUACACGGUGGAAAUAAUCAACCGGUGCUCCGGCGCAGGCCGCGCCGCCUGCGCCAUCUCUGGCAUCCGCGUGCGCUGCGGCUGGUUCAGCUCCGUCACCCUCGUCGACCCCAGCAAGUUCCGCCGGGUGGCGCCCAACGACUGCCUCGUCAACGACGGCAAGCCGCUCUUGGCUGACGACACCAUCUCGUUCGAGUACGCCAACUCGUUCGAAUACAAGCUCUCCGUCGCCAAGGCCACCUGCGUCCACCCGCCCGCCGACACCUCCGACUAG